UGGUCGACUUUCGGUUUCCGUCAUCAAGUGUGAAGUGUCCAUAAGAUGGAGGACGCAAAGUUUUCAUUGCAGCUUUUGACAUUGAAUUGCUGGGGUGUACCGGUGCCAUUUGCAUGCAAGUACAGAAAAGAGAGAUUCCAGGCCAUUGCUGAGGAAAUUGGAAAGGGGCGAUAUGAUAUAGUUAUACUGCAAGAGGUGUGGACUGAAGGAGAUUUUAAACUUCUGCAGCAACAUAUAUUGAAGGUGAUGCCAUAUUCUCAUUAUUUUCAAAGUGGGACCAUUGGGAGUGGUGUCUGUGUUUUCUCCAAGCUUAUGAUUGAGGAUUCGUUUUACCACUUAUUUCCCCUGAACGGAUACUUUCACAAGGUCCAGCAUGGCGACUGGUUUGGUGGAAAGGGUUUAGGUCUUUGUCGAGUGACCUUUCAAGGCCUUAGUAUCAACAUUUAUUGCACACAUUUACAUGCUGAGUAUGACAUGGCGUCUGAUGAAUAUAUCGCUCAUCGUGUCGCUCAGGCAUUUGACAUGAGUCAGUUCAUCAAGUACACCUCAGAAUCCUGUGAUGUAGUCAUUGUUGGGGGUGACUUUAACCUGCGACCUUCUGACCUGGGAUACAAAUUGAUCAUGACAAAUGGCAAUUUGCAUGACUGCUGGCUAGCAAAGAAUGAAGAAAAUGAAUCAGGUCACACAAAUGAGAGAAAAGACAACAGCUUCAGCACACACAAUGUUCAGAGGUUUGAACCAGUAGGAAGACGACUAGACUACCUCCUGUAUAGGGUCAACCAAGGAGUGGAGGUGGAAGUGUCCAGCUGUAAACUUGACUUCGGGAAAAUUCCAGACAAGCCAUACAAUUACUCUGACCAUGAAGGAGUCACAGCACUCUUACAAAUCCAGAGGAAAAAAGGUUCUCUUCCAUCUCCGGAGACAAGAGACGAAAACAAACUAUACGACCUUCUCUUGGAGUCUAAGACCAUUGUACAGAGUGGCUUAAAGAAGGCCAGAUCUGACAACCUUUUCUACACCAUUCUGUGUGUGGUCUGUACUGUUGCUCUGUAUGGGUUCUGGUGUACAGAGAUGGAGAGAGAGAGUAGUCAUCUAGUCGUCAUUGCGAGGGCCGUUACUUUUGUUACCUUGACUUUAUUGGUUGCUUUCUUCCUGUUUUACAAGCUGAUCAUCAAUAAGAUUGAAUUCAAAGGUCUAACGGGAGCAGAGAAGGAUAUAAAUAACCUAUUGUAUAGUGUGAAGAAACGGAUCAAACAGAACUAAGCACAUUGUUAUCGUACAUUCCAGAAUCUACAUGCUAAAUGUGUGAAAAAGCAUAAUUAUUGUACAAUCUUUUUUAUUGUCUAUAGAGUUUAUUUGUAACAUCAGUCUGAGUUAUUUAUUAAUUUACUUUUCAUUGUAUAUUUAAAAAUUUUCAACAUUCCUGUGAUAUAUUAUUUGAUCUUUUGCCUAUUUAUCCUUGCUGUAGGAUGAUACUAAGGCACCGAAAUCCAAUGGCAUAUUUUUCACUGUGAUGUAAACUGACCAAUUUUUGCAUAAGUAUAAUUUAUUGCUAUGGAUGUAGAGCAAAAAUAAAUGAAGUUCUGUAUUCAA